AUGUCUAUUACAAGCAACGUCAAUAAUGUUGCAGCAAUUUUGGACUUAUACAACGAGAAAUUAAAUUUCUUUGAUCUAAUAUCACCCAAUGGACUUGAUGACUUGAUGUAUCGCACAACAGAAAAUGUUUCAUUGGAGACAUUUGGUACACUAGACAAGGCUAGAAUAUCGUAUACAUCGCUGAGUGGUGAGAUCCUCCAAUGGUGCACAGCUCUAAAUAACUCAUUGGUAUUGGAGGGCGAGGUGCCAGAUUCAAAUCCGGAUGACCAAUUCUUGACACUCCACGUGACUAAAGAAUUGGAAAAGAUGAAAGAAUAUUAUGAUUCAAUCCCGACGAAUAGUACACUGGCAAAAAAUGUUGAAGACAUCAGUGUAUAUAUUUCAAUUAAAGGCGAAAUUCUUACAAUGAACGUCACUCACGGCAAUAUAACGGAUAACGUAGAGGAGCUGCUGCGAACUUAUAUACCAAAAUUGAAAGCCCAAGAUAACAUUACGAAGAAUAUUGUGACAACAACCUUUAGUGGUGAAUUAAGCUACGCAAAACGCAUAAUAAACGAGUCCCUUUCUAUGAUUGCGGCUGGCAAUCCUUACAAAUUAAGCAAGACUGUUUUGAUGGAAAAGUGUAAACCUAUUCUGGCUAAUUCGACAGCAGCACAUUUGCAAAGGAAUGGCAACCGAUUAAUCUUGUCGUCAGAGAAAGACAGUUUGGUUUUAAACAAAACUGAAGGAGCUCCAGACGCUUGUGAAGCCAUCCUAUCCAUACCAACUGUGACUCAAUUGAAGAAGUUAUAUCGCGAUGAACAGUACAUUGCAAGCUUUUUCGACUCAAUCAACAAAUCCAAUUUACAAGAGUGCAAAAGUUACAUGACAUCAUUUGUAAAGAGUUCCUUUAUAUCGUGGGGUUAUCUAAUUUUGAAAGAUUCUCAGUCAAUGAAAAUUUCUAUUCAAUUAUCCAAACCUGACUCAACUCCACAAGUUACUGUUGUGAAUUAA